AUGAGCUCCAGGAACCGCUCCGCCGCCGCCGCCGCCGCCUCCUCGUGCGUUGCCCCGGCUGCGGCGCCGUCUCUCCGGACGCCGCGCCGCCUGAGGCGUCGGCCGGUUAAGGCGCCGACCGGCGCGCCCGGCGGCGGGCGGCGGAGCGGGCCCGCGACGCCGCUGCUGAAAUGGGACGUGGGCGGCGGGCGCGGGGAGGGGAGGAAGGGGGCUGGCGCCGCUGACGAAGCGCGGGACGCCGCGCGGGAGACCAAGGCGAGGGAGGUGUCGGUGCGGAGGCUCGCGGCCGGGGUCUGGCGGCUGCGCCCGCCGGAGGCCGUGGCCGGGGGCGGCGGUGGCGAGAGCAGGGUCCGCGUGGGUGUCGAGCAUAUCCCAAGGCAUCUACAAGUCCAGCUUCUGAAGCAGAACACUUCAGGUCAUCACCAGAGUUUGAAGAAUGAGGUUUCAAGCCCCAUAUCUGUUUUGGAGCGGAAGAGUGGAGAGCUCCACAAGGUACAACUUCAUGCUACUUCUGCUAUGCUGCCUGUCACUACCAUGGAGAAGGCAACAAAAUGGGAGCCUGGGGACAUAAAGGGAAUGGAAUCACAUGAUGCGUAUCUGAUAGCCAGCCAGCUAAAUCUUCUUAAUGAGCAGCAAGAUACAGCGUAUGUUGCUAAUCUCCAGAUGGAGCUCCAGCAAGCACGUGAUAGGAUAAGUGAGCUGGAAACUGAGCGGCGAUCAGCUAAGAAGAAGCUUGAUCACUUGUUCAAGAAACUUGCAGAGGAGAAAGCAGCUUGGAGGAACAGAGAGCAUGAAAAGGUGCGUGCUAUUCUCGAAGAUAUGAAGGCAGACCUUGACCAUGAGAAGAAAAACCGGAGGCGUCUGGAGAUGAUUAACUUGAAACUCGUUAAUGAGUUGAAGGAGGCCAAGAUGUCAGCAAAACAGCUGUUACUAGAGUAUGAUACAGAGAGGAAGGCACGUGAGCUCACUGAGGAGGUGUGCAACGAGCUAGCAAGAGAGGUGGAGGAAGACAAAGCUGAGAUUGAGGCCUUGAAACAGGACUCUCUGAGGUUGCGGGAGGAGCUGAGCAAACUGCAACAGGAUGUUGAGGCUUUUAUUGCUGCAUGCAGUACUGCAAAUGGAAACAUAACAGUAGUAGAGGAAGCAGAGAACAUAAUACAGGCAAUCAAGUCAGUCAGAGCCCAAGAUGCUGAAUUCAGAUAUGAGCCACCAGCAGCAUCAGAAGACAUAUUUUCCAUUUUUGAAGAGCUGCGUCCAAGUGAGGAGCCUGUCAUCAAGGAGAUUGAGCCAUGCUACAAGAAUAGCUCUGCCAAAUGUGAAUCAGAAAUUCAAGAGGCUAGCCCAAUGACCAAUAUAUUCCUUGAAAAGAAAGCCAAGACAUACUCAAACAAAAGCCCUAAAGAUGAAAGCGACACUGAAGAUAGCAGCAGCUGGGAGACAAUAAGCCAUGAAGAUAUGCAGGGUUCAAGCGGUUCACCCGACGGAAGCGAACCUUCAGUCAGCAACAAGAUCUGCGACGGAAGCAUUUCUUGGAAGAGCAGGAAUGGUUUCGAGUAUAGGGAGAAUGAGAAGCUGAAAGAUGACUUAGCUGAUGGCUACCUGACAAACAUGAACCAACCCAAGAAGAAAGAAUCAGCCAUUUCAAAGCUCUGGAAAUCAUCCCGCCCAAAGAACAGUGAGAUAUGCAAGAAAGAUGCAGUUGAAACGGUAAAUGCAAGAUCAUCCAAUGUACGGCUCUCAGUUGGGACUUAUUCCACUGUUGAAAGUGGCAUCCAAGAAAUAGGACUCAGUCCACCGAGCGUCGAGCAGUGGAGCUCGCCAGACUCGAUGAACAUUCAAUUCAACCGGGGCUUCAAGGGCUGUAUAGAGUACCCGCGGACGUCCCAGAAGCACAGCUUGAAGGCAAAGCUCAUGGAAGCACGGAUGGAGAGCCAGAAGGUCCAGCUCCGCCAGGUGCUCAAGCAGAAGAUCUAG